AUGGCCACCGCCAACUUCCGCAAGAUCAACAUCGACCAGUACGACGAGGAGACAGUCCUCGCCGAAUCGCUGUACCUCCCCGACCCGCGCGGCCCUGCCCAAGCCCUCGCCGACGCCCAGACCAAGGACCGCACAGUGCGCUCCCUCUUGCAGCGCGGCGACGUCCAGCAGGCCCUCAAGGAGGUGACGCGCGAUGGCGAGUGGCCCUACGGCGACGACAACGAGCCGAGCACCCGCCAGGCAAAGGCCACCGCACUCGACACGGUCGUCGCCAUCCUCAACUCGACCCGCUCGACCGACAUCCCCGCCCUCGUGCAGGCUCUCGAGCCGGCAGAACAGGUGACGCUCAUGAAGUACCUGUACAAGGCGAUGGAGAACCUGGGCGACACGAGCGGCAACGUCGUCCUCGGCUGGCACGAAAAGCUCACCGAGGUGGCCGGCAUCGGGUGCAUCGUGCGCGUCAUGUCGGACAGGCGGCGAGUCUGA